AUGCCACCUCUGGACUGGCCCGCUCGCUUCAGGAUCGCCGUCGGCUCGGCGAGGGGCCUCCGAUACCUUCACGAAGACUGCCGGGUGGGGUUCAUCCACCGCGACGUCCGUCCCAACAACAUCCUCCUCACCCAUGACUUCGAACCACUGGUACGACAACCCUUUCUCUCUCUUUCUCUCUCUCCUCUCCCCUCUAUCUCAAGGUCAACGUUGAUGAUGGAGUGGUAUAGGUGGGGGACUUCGGGCUGGCGAGGUGGCAGAUCCAGGGGAACGGCGUGGACACGCGCGUGAUCGGGACGUUCGGGUAAGGCGCCACCGAAGCCACCGGCUGAGAAACUGCUAGUUGAGAGCUGAUGAAGAGGAGCUGGGUCUUCUGGUGAGCAGGUACCUGGCGCCGGAGUACAUCGAGAGCGGAGUGAUAACGGAGAAGGCGGACGUGUACGCGUUCGGCGUGGUGCUGCUGGAGCUCAUCACGGGGCGGCGGGCCAUGGACAUGGGCCGGACCAAGGGGCAGCAGUUCCUCACCGAGUGGGCGCGCCCGGUGCUGGCGCUGGCGGCGGAGGGUGGCAGUGCCGCCGCCGUCGACCGGCUUCUGGACCCCCGCUUGGACAACGACCAGACGCGCAGAUUCGCCCAGGAGCUCAACGCCAUGGCGGUGGCCGCCUCACUCUGCCUCCGCCGGGAGCCGCACUCCCGGCCGAGCAUGUCGAAGGUGCAGCCGCUGCUCCUCCCCCGGCCGUAGUGAAAACUAGGCCUGGUUUUCUGAAAUGCUUCUCCUUCCUGCCUGUGGCCACCACGGCGCUGCAGGUGCUCAGGGUUCUGGAGGGGGAGACGGUCGCCGACCCGGGCUUCAGAGAGCACUCAAGGGAGAGCAGAGGCGGUGGGCGCUUGGGGAAUUUGAUGGCGAGCAGGUACAGCGGAGGGCCGAAGGGAAGCCUCUCCCAGAGGAUCCCGCAGGAAGCGGCCGCCAGGGCCCUCGUUGCAGAGAAGAUCCGAGGCGAGAUGUACUGAUGAGCCCCCCGGAACGAGUCCCUCCUACCUACUUCUAUUAUCUUCAACAGAAGAAACCCUCCUGUGCAUCCGCGCCAUUGAUUCCCUCUGGGUCCCCAAUUUCUUCCUCGUUGAAGUCAACCCCGCAGCAGCGGGGAUACCAUUUGGGAGGCCGAGGAGCAGUGAAACACGAGAGCCACGAAGAGCAGGAAACUUGGGAAAAUACAGUUGAAUCGAAGACACAUGGAAGCUGCAGCAUUCUCCAUCGCCAACGGAAAGGGCGAGGGAAAACCACGGUAUAUGCAUGAGCCUGCGAGCAAUGCAGCGAUUCUGGCAAGAAGCGACCCCUCUGCCGAGCUUUUGCAUUGCACCACAAGAAUAAUUAAUAUGAUACACGCAAGUAGGAAAACAAGAGAAGACACAGAGACAGAGACAGAGAGAGAGGAGGUUGGGGCAAGACCUCUUCGAAGAUUCCAGCCGGGUGGAAGAUGAGGUCACUGGGAGAAGGAGCUGGGCACUGUGCUACCAGCCUCCAGAUCGUCGCUGCCGAACAUCAAGCGUUCUUCCUCCCACAUGAGGAUCUCCCUGGUGUAACGGAGAGCUCUGUCUGUGGAAUCGGGGUCCAGGCCGUUCCCCGCCGUGACAUACAGCUUCCUCCCGGUCAGAGAAGAGAAGAGCCUCUUGAACUUGACGGCGAUGUAGUGGAAGGCCUGCUGUGGCAGCGAGGUGCCGUGGCUGUUGAGGGCGCGGCUGUUGCCGGCGCUGCUGUGGCGGUGCCGGCUCACCACGGGUUCAAAGUCCUUGAACCAGUCGCACAGCGUGAGCGGAGAUUGCUCGAUUUUCCGUUCGAGGAGGUCGUACUUGGUCAACACCAGCAGGAAGUCCAUCUGCUCGAACGUCGGGUGGCUUAUUAUGCUCUCGAAGAGCCUCUUGCUUUCGAGCAUCUUGUUCGUCGGCACUCCCGUCGCGUCUUCGCUGUACUCGUCGUAGUCGCUCAUGGACACGCAGAACACGACCAGCCUCACGUCCUCGAACAUCUCCAGCCACUUGUAGUUCUCCCCCAGCCCUUUGGCGUGCACCCUGAUGAGCUGGUACCUGCAUGGCACAGCCUCACGCGGUCAGAACGGCACCGAUGGAUGUGUCCAACGGCGCCAGACAUAGCAAAGCAGAACCAGAACACGAGUCAAGACGGAGACAUUUUUUCCAUUAUUGAGCAAUUCUUGGAGGUAGCGGGCGCUAGUGCCCACAGCGGGCAUCAUAACAUGUCUCAUUUCUCAUGGAAUUGAUAGCCGAUGCUUAGAAUAAAGCUAAAAAUGGAAUACCCGGAGCUCGAGGUUACCAUAUCAAUGCAAACCAUGCAAGGUGGGUCAGUGUUUCUACUUUUGUAGAGCUUACCGUAUCAAUGCCUCGUGGUGCUCCUCGCCGUCAAACCCACUUAUGGUGCCGGCGGACGGAGGGAAAAUAAACUCUGUGCAUGCCAAUCCAUUGGAAGAUGUAAUCCCAUCAGCAUACAAGAUAUCCAACUGAGAGGGUUCGUAUUCUGCUCUUGAUAUAUCAACAGCCUGAGGAAAAAAAGGGCAAAAAAUAUCUCAAAACUCCGCCAUAAAACUCAGCAGCAGCAGGCUGGUAUAUGCCAUCGCAAGAUGUAAAGAUCUGUGCCUAGUAUAAACAUAUACACGUGAACCCCCUCAGUUCAUUAUUUCUUAAGGAAAAAGGCAAAUUUUCAAAAGAAAUCAGAAGCAAGGCAUCUGAAUGUCAGAGAAGACAAAGAAAUCCAGAAAGAAAAAGUUUGGCCAUUACAAUUUUGACGAGGCUCUAUAAAAUGGUAGUAGGAGAAGAGACCUGCGAUAGUGUUUCAGUGUCCACUUUGCAGACAGGUGUCUCGGAGACACAUCACAUUACUUUACACAAAGCCUCCCAUUUUCCACGCUCAUUUUAUUUUUUUUCUAAAGUCUGAGAACUUAUUUGGAGAUUGCUCUUGGUAAGAAGCUGAAACAACAACUUCGAAAGCACAUUUCUGUCUGCCACCGACUCAUGGUGCUCUUCGAAACAUGCUCUCUAGUCAAAAGUUUUCUUACCCAAAACUUUUGCCAGAUCUCGCAACGGGUUGAAUGUCGGAUAGCAGGCCAUGAAACUCGAUCUCGUAUUUGGAUCCUUCAUCAGAUGCUGCAGAAUGUGAAAGGGAGGAGGAGGAGAAAACUUUCCGUAGUAGGCCCAAAGCUUGACCAAUGCCUUAAAGUAACAUAUUUCCGCAUCAAAAACAGGCUCUCAGCAUGUCCAAUUCAAGAUAAGGCUUAUGUGGGCUUCAAAUGGAAAAUGUAUUACUGUGGUCACCUGAGUCCCGCAAAACAAGACCUGCAUUUUGGCCCCAAACCUACCAAAAUGAUCCUUGUAACCUUAAAUCUGCACGAGGUAAACUAAUAAUGACAAAUCAGGAUCGGACAUUGCGGAUCUUGACUCAAAGUGUUCUUAUGCAACACUCGCAGAACCAAAACGGCUCCCUCCCAGACUAUACAACCAACACUCGCAGAGCCUAACAUUGCUUGUUUUUAUUAUUUCUAAAAUCCAAACUACUCAUGAAUUAGUUCCGUAAUUCACAAUAAAUCAUCGGUAUUUUUCUUGGCACCAUACACUGUCAUCGAAUGAAAGCUUUUUUCAUUCACAUUUUGAUACUACACAAUGCACAACAGUUCAUACGUCGCUGACAAUGAAUAAUCAGAGCAUAUCCGAGCCUGUUCUCACAGUCCAAAAUAGUUUCCAGUAGGUAUUGACAUUAUCCCCACGACUAAAAGUAGGCCAAUGUUGCAUUUCAUAAGAUAUGGAGAUGUAACAUCCAUAGCAAUUGACUGAAAUAAAUUACUUUAAUUCUGCGAAACGAAAUUUUAACCUGGAUGUCGUCAUUGGAUAGGUAUUGCUAAUUGAACGUGUAAAAUAAGAUCAUAAUCCAUGGGCCAAAAUAAAAUAGCCUACAGGUUAUUAAAAGAAGAAUUGUGCAAUGAAUCAUUUGCCUCUGAGAAGACCACAUCAUGGACAGGAUAUCUCGCAGUAGCAAGUAGUUUAAGUAGAACAAGAUUUGCAAACAUCAGUACUGGCCCUUUCAGUUAGGGUUAAGUUUUUCUUUCCUAAUAGCUUGUUUUUUAGCAGUCGACCAUUUCCUCUAAAGAUCAACAAGCCAUUUCCUUUAGGUUUCCUCAUGGGCUAGGCUUUGUCACUCGUUUAAAGAGACUGGAUACUAUGAUUGCCGCUUUACAUCACUAAGUAUCUGAGUUUUUUGUCCUCUCCUCUCUCCGAGUUUGUUCUUCGACUCAACCUUCCCUGUUGCUUCAGUUUGCCAUUAUAAAUCAUGCAGCCAAAACUGGACAUCGAUCCGUAACUUUUAACCAGAUGAUUCGCAAAAUUGUCACUUCUAUGAAGUCGUAACUGUGUUCGUCCCUAUCCUCGUGUCAUUUUCAACAUCACCACCUGUAAGUUCAGAUUCCAACACAGAAAUACUCUGUUCCCUUCGCCAAGGCAUUACGCUGGCGUCAUAGAGUAAAUCAUCAAAAAAGCUUUCAGCAACGACUUUUUUAUCUCGUUUAUUACACAGUCACCAUAGUUACAACGUGCGCAUAAAAAUAAAUAUUAAAAUAAAAUAAAACACUUCAAGAAAAAUGAACUAAUGCAACAGAGAUCUGGAUUCAUGAAAGAAACCUAAAUUUUCAUGCAAUGAGAAGAUUAUAAGUUGAAAAUAUGUUAUACCCGCUCUAAAAAGUAACUUGCACUGCUAGGAAGCAACUGCAAUUCACUUCUCCGAUUAUAUGUAGCCUGGAUAGCAGCGUCCUUCCAUAAUUCUUCGACUAAGGGAGCAUAUUCACGGGUAGCGGCAGGAAAAAUAGCUUCCAGGUUCCCUGACUCCAUAACUUUGAGAAGCCAAUCAGAGAAAGCUUUCAACCUUGGACCAAUUGAGUACAAAGUCUUGCACUUGCCUCCAUCAGAUUCAUUGCCUGCAGUCAAAAAGAGUUCCAUUUCAGGAUAUAAUGAUAAAGAGGUAAAAAGGGCAUGAAGCUUAUUUGAUUAUUCAGUAGAAUUUACUUUUUGGAGGUGCACUUACAAGUAGAAUUCUGACCGGGUUAAUUUGUUUUUUCACACGAUGAUGGUAAAUAGUUCAUAGUUCAAGGUAGUAAGUAUUCGUCAGAAAACAUGAAACAUUUAUUUUUACUUCAACAAUUUAAAAAAGAUGCAUAUGAAUAAAGUAGAGAGAUAACGAAAGAAUCUAACAUGCAAUGAGCAUCAAUUGGAAAAAUGCAUAGUACUUUGUAAAAUUUAUACCUGCAGAACGUUUUCUCGUUAUUUCCGUCAAACUUUCUUCCUCAAAACGUUUACGUCCCUCCAGUAAUAUCCCAAGAUAUUUGUAUAUGUUGCUCUGGAUCAACAACUUAAUGCUUUCACACUCUCCCUCGGUGAAAGGAACUGUCUUAUACAAGAACUUUGCCUGAUAAAGAGCAAUGACAAUAUCAAAAAAAGUUUAAAUAUUAAGCAUUAAGGAGAAAUUGUCUCCAUAUGUCCACUUUACAGUCCCUACAGAAGUAUAGUAGUCAACAGAUGCACUUAAUCCUAGGCGUAGAUAAUGAUAAAAAUAAAAUAAAUGGCAGACUACUAUUCCCUACACAUCAGCCUACUUAUUGAGCAUAAUUAAAGGAAGGAAAUCUAACGAUAGUUAGGCAUUUUUUCCAGAAAUCUUGGCUAGAAACAGAGCAAUAAAGAUCUUCUACACAUCUCUAGCUCAAGGUUGUCGUCUGUAAACAAUAAUCAUUCUAACUAUGUAGCCUAGCACGUGAAUGGAAUUGGUACUGCUACAGUGGAGAUUUAUUUUUCACUUGUACAACUGUCCUAAGAGAGGUUCAAUUUAUCGAGUAGGAAACCCUCAUAAUACAGAGAGGAUCUCAAUAGGAACUCGUAAAUAUCCGACAAGUAAAGAUAUCAAACUUUUCCUAUAAUAGCUACUAGUUUCGUAGCAUCACAUAAAUAUAGUGUCUAUGAUGCUUCACUUGUAUCUUUCUUUCUAGAUGAGUGGAAAGGGAAGCCCACUGCCACGCAAGGGCCUUGAGUGCUCAAUCCUUUCAUGAGGGAUAGCCAUACCAAACCUCCAGGCAGAGUUGAACAGGUAAAGAGUUUACCCCUCACGUUCUACAAACAAACACACACACACACAGACAGACACCUAACAACGGGGAGGCCAUGUGCAGUUGCUCCCAUAAGAAGUCAAUCACUUAUAUCCGACCACUUUGGUCAUAAACCAGUUCUACUACCCCCUAUCCAGAUCACAAUGUGUGCACAAAGCUAUAAUUAAGAACGAACAGUUCAGGUGGAUCCCAGAGUCUGACACUGUUGAAAUAUCAAACAUGAAAAACGAUAAAUAGUAGAGCUAUUCUGAGAACUUUUGUACUUUAACGAUAAGUAAACUUCAAUUUAUUUUCUUCUAAGAGGCUGAACCCGACACAACCACACUAAAAUCAUCUUCCCUAAUAUCAUCCAAGCUCGCAAGAGCAUUCCAGACAAUAACCUCACUGAGGUUUGUUGCAUGACAAGUGUCCUAAAAGAGGGUAAAAAGUUCUAUUUUUGGAUCAGAAAUAAAAGAGGUUCAAAGAACCCAACCUUAACACUAAAAUCUUAGAAAACCAGAACAAAAGUUAUAUAGUUAAUCAUAACCAUACCUGCUUAAAUAUGGUACUUGUCCCUGAUUGGUGAUAUCCAAUUAAAAGGAGCUUCUGCAAUGUCCUUUGUUCAAAGUAGUCUGGCAUAGGUCUGUUGGUCAUGUUGUUAACUUCAUCUCUAGAAGUCACUAUCUCCUUACAAGGAGUGGGCAGUGAUAGAAUAGAGCAUACGAGCUUCAUUCCAGCCUGUUGACAAAUAUCUUCAAUGGAAAAGCACAUAAUUAAAGGCUAAAACGUAAAAAGGCAGAAAUGCACCCACCUUCCCCCAUAAAUGCCCUUUUAUGUUCUUCUGCCCCUCCUCUUGGUAUGUGCCAUCAGCAUUCACCCAAAAAUGAGGGCACCCAGCACAUUGGACUCCCGCCCACUGCAUUAAAAUGUAUAUUAUUGAAUAUUCUAUCCUUUGAGUCUAAUCAAAGCUUAAUGAAUCUCAAAUGACAUAAAUUUACACCUGAAGCAUCCGUAGCUCAGUUUUGGUAAUUUCUCGAUUGUUUAUGAAUACUCCAGUUGUCCCAUUGCUAGCCUCUGGCAUGAGGUUUCCUCCAACAUUCAAAUGUGGACUGAUGAUCUUGUGUGGUUUGUGUCCUUCCUGUUGGAGUUUUUUAUGAUACGAUUAUUACGUAAAGCAGAACAAUAUCUCCAUUCACAAGUGAAAAAAUUCGAAUGCAAAUUGCAAAAAGUUAGGGAUAUGUUAUCCCUCACAUAAAACUAUAAACUUGUGUGCACGUGAUAAUUGAUGCAUCAUUUGUUGCUCAAAAGCUGAAAGAGAUAUGCAACUUAAAAUGCGAUAAGUUGAGUUAAAAUGAGGUGAUAACAAGAAUCAAGGCCUAAAUGCACUUCAUAAAUUGGUCAGAAAAAGGGCGUGAACAUUUCCGAUCAGAAAUUUGACAAUAAGACUAAACUAUGUCACUGGGUUAUCGACACCAAAAUAUAAAUUUCUUUCGACAAUGCACACGAGUUUCACAUUUACCUUUCCCCAGAACCCUGACACCUUAUCGUACCAGUAAUACCCUGGCUUCAGCUUAGUAGGUGGGUUGGGGGAACUCUGUAAUAAUAUCAUCUCGUCCUGGCUAAGCUGUUUUCUGUUUACAUACACAUUUUCGGCCCUUAGAUGGUUUGCCUCACAAAACUUCUCUGCCUUCAUCACCUGUUGUACCUCCAGCGAGCUCAGUAGCUUCUUAAGGAUGCGAGAGCACUUUCCUAAGCUAUCUCUCUUUGUCUCGUCAAUUGGGAAUCCAAUACACGUAACGCACUUCCUUCCCUCAGGCAUCGAUCCCAUUGCCUUCAGCAAGCAGCUGCUACAAUACUUUGCAUCACAUACCAAGCAAACCUCCUUCUCUGUGAAUCUGUUUCCUCUGUGGCACCGGUAGCAGGAACCCUUCUUCACCCUUGGGUUGGACCCUUCCCACAGCUCCUGCUGGCCACUUGCAGUCUCCCCAUGAUUCGUCAGGCGUUCCACUUCAGAGUCCUGGAAAGACACCUGCGGCCCACGCUUGGCAUAUUCUUCCGGUGGAGCCACCGCCAUCUCCUGGUCGUCAUCAUCGGAGCCAGAGGACGGGAACCCAAAGUCGUCCGAGCUCAGUCCUGACCCGGUCGUCACCUGAUCGACGCGCGCAUCUGUACCAUUUGAGAAAUCCACACUCUCCUUGAACUCUGUCGAGAACCCCACUGUCUCCAAAACGCCGUCUGAAAGCUCCCGCGACCGAUCGGGGACGCUGGGCGAGCACCCCAGCACCCCCGAUGAAUUGCUGGCGAUAUCUCCAGAUAUAUCGUGGUCGAGCCUCUCCACCACAGUCUGAUCGAAUGCGAUCACAGACGUCGGCGACACUGCCGCCUCUGCCGCCUGAUAGAACUCCUCCUUCGGCGGCCUCUUCAGCGGGUCCGGCGAAGGCAACGGCUGGACAACGGGAACGCAGACGGAAACCGACUUCGGCGCAGAGGCUACGGAAGCGACGGGGAUGUGAUCGAUCUCAAUGGGGAUGGCCCGGGGAAUCUCGUAAGAAAUAGGGGGGCCGUCGUACUCCUCCGCAAAGGAACAGUCCUCAGCCUCCGCCUCCGCGAUCGGCGUCCCUACCGGCAGCAUUCUUCUGGUCAGCUUCUCCAUGCUUCUCCCCAAAUAAGGAGAUCCUCCCGGGGGAUUUCCUCCAACAACCCUAGAACAGGAGGGCAACCGGGAGCCCUCCUCCACCGGGGAGCUCCACCUCUGCUCUUCACUAGCCCCUCAUCAUCCAGAAAGAGCAAAACCUAAUCCUAUUCUCAUCGAUCCCCCACACGAGUACGAGCUCGGACGAUAGAGGAAGAAGACGACGGCGUCUUCUUCGCUGUUCUUCUUCCGUCCCCACUCUCGGCAGCAAUUUCCUCUCUCAUUGAGGCCCACCACUCUGUCUCUCUCUCUCCUCCCCCCUCCCCUUUGUUUUCAGUUACCACAAGCGAACAACGCGGGGGAGAGCGGUUUCUGGCUGUGGGCCCCACCCGUCGGGUCUUUUUCCCGCGAACUCUUACCCACUUGCGAAUCGCUUCGCACCGUCUCGUCCGUGGUUCGGCGGGGCUCGCGUCUCGGUGACUUACUGACGCGGUUUCCUCGCCAUUUUAUAUAAUGAAGAUGAGUCGACCCGUGACCCCAACCACGACUCGGCAGCCGGCUCGUUUGUUUCGGAAUCUUUGCGCGUCGGACCGCCCCUCUCCCUCUCUCUCUCUUUCUCUCUCGCUAAAAAUCCACGUAGACCGAGUCGGGUUUCCGAUUCGGGCCGAGAGACCCGGCCUCCUUUCCUCGCUGAUGACAGCGGCUGACGGCGCUGGAAGAUCACGACCCUUGACGGUUCCCAAUUAGCUCGAAUAGACUUGGUUAAAAACUAUAAUCUCGAGUGACAUAAUUUAAAAUAAAAACAUUGUCGUGUUAUUAGCUGGCAUCGAGCCUAUCGAAUCGGGUGCUGUUCGGCCCGACCCGGCCCGAUCAUGACCGGAUUAAAUCGGAAAUCGGUCCAGUUCUGAAGCAUACGUGCACGAGAGAGAGAGAAAGAGAAGGAGAUAGAGGUUGACAAAUGAGCCAGUCGAAGGGUGACCGGACGGGGGGAGGGCCUCAACUGGAUAGAGGUGGUCCUGUGGAGGUGACGCAGCGCCGUUGAAAAAUCACGUGCGUGGCACGUGUCGGUAGACGGCGAGAGAGGGGACUGUUCACGCUACGGAGGGAGAUUGACCGACGCAUCAUGGGCAGCGUUGACAAAUGCCUUAAAGGGUUCAUCCGUUGUCCUCACUGUCCUUCUGUCCCACACAGAGAGAGAUAGAAAUAGAGAUAGAGAGAGAGAGAGGGACACAUACAGCUCGGUGCAUCUGAUAAGGUUGAGCAGUUGCCGCCGACGCAGGGCAUAACUGCGGCGGACAGUCCACAUGAGCCCCCCCCCACUAAAUAAGGAGGAAAAUAAAUCUUGUACGCUUCACUCUCCGAAAGGUUGACUCCGUCUGCCAUCCCUGUUUCCUCGACGACCUCCAGUCAGGCUCCAGAUUUAUGGGGAGAAUACACCGCCGCCUUUCGUCGUCGUCUCAGACAAGCAAAAGGCUCCCACUCUGAACUCUCGUGUCGGCAGUAAAGACCGCGAGCUCAUCCGACAGUCCGGCAGAGCCACCCCUCCCUUCCCCCACCAAUGCGCCUCCUGUGGGACCAGAUCUAGGAGUCAAACGAUCAGAGCCUGCAGUAGUGUGGAGAGAAGUCAACUUAGGUUAGGCUCUGCCACGGUCGUCUCCUCUGUCCGAACUUCGACACAAGGAGCGGCAGGCAUCUGUUGUGUCACGUGAGACGUUUCUCUUGCCACUCACAGAUAGAGGGAAAGAGAGAGGGUUGACGGGGUGGCGACAAGAAGGAAGACGCAGGUGAACGGACGAGAUUCUGUUGCGCAUACAUGAGCACGGGGAAAAGACGGCGUUUGACCAACUUUUUAGUGCAACGGUAGUGAACUGGAUAUAAAUAUAUAUGUUUUUUAUUUACGGAAAUUAGAAGCAUGAACGCAGCUUGUACACGUUAGGAAACAUUAAGCGUUAUAUAUACACCAAUGAGCAUGGUCCAAUUGACUUAAAUAUCAAGGUUAUGGCAUUCAAGUCAGCGGGAGGUCGAGAACAUGGGGCGGCUGUGGCGGCCCAUCCCCCUUGUUAAGCCACGUGUCGUCGAAAAAGCGGUACACCAGCGUUGAUCUGCAGGUUUGGUGUGGAAUAGCACGCCGUUAAGCUCCCAAGUAAAUGCAGCUUGAUCUGGUCCAUACGUGCCUAUACCGGUCAUUUGCAUACGCACGUUUGGUUGGUACGGGCUGCUGAGGGUACCUUUCAAAUCUUGAGAAAAAAGGGUAUGCGUGCUUCCCGGGCGUGAGCGAACUCCACCUGUUCGAUGAAAUGCGCAGCGGAGGAGGAUGCACAUCCAUGGAAACCCUAAUAAUUCGAGAAGGACAAGUUACUCUGGAAACUACUUCCAAUAAUUGAUUUUUUUCUCCCUCUAUCAUGCCUCUCUCUCUCUCUCGCUCGCUCUCUGUCCUGUCCCUAUCCGGCUAUAUUUUAUGCGACUGCGAGAGCUUAUGAACAUGCAGCGGCGUCCACGACAGAGUUGAUGAAAUGUACUGAUCGGCAGAGAGAAGCGCCGAGAAAGACCCUUCCUCAACGGGGCCUAUCGGCCGACCAGCCGAUGAGCCUCUCUCUUUCUCUCUCCUCUCUCCACGAAGAGAAAGACUCUUCAUCUUUCCUGUGGUUCUCUCUCGCCCGGUUUGAGUGGGUCAAGGUCAAGAUUCCCGUUACGGGUGACAAUGGUCAAAAAUAAGAGGGCCCACCUAUAUCGCUUUUCCGGCCUGAUGUUGUGGAAAUCCGCCGGACAAGGGAGGAGCGCGACAGCCAGACAAACUCCACCGCCGGCGGCGGCUUCCGUAUAGGCGUUCUCACCGUUACUGACCAAAAAUUGCCCAAGAAGUCGUUAUCGUGGUUGUUCGGUGGCACAGAUUCGCCGGAAAGGCGUCCAGCUCUGCCCUCCCCCGAAGAGUGGAGAGAUUUAACGCUCUGUGUCCAUAAUCGUCCCCUUUAGAUCGCUCUCCUUCUCUCCCUCCCGACCGAACGGAGCGGUUUUCUAUUUAUGUCUCCUUCCCCUUCCCGCUCCGGCGACCCCUUUCGAUCCCUCUGUGGGUGCUUGCCACCGGUCUGCUCGCCUUCCUUCCUCCUCGCCGGAAUCCGGAAUUCCUGACAUCCUCUCUCUCUCUCUCUCUCAUCAUCUUCUCGCGGAGGUCUUGCACAGACCGGGGAAGAAAAAGGGAGAGGAGGGUGGUAGCGAUGAGGGAGGAGAGAGGAGGAACGGGAAGAGGUGGGAACAGAGCCAUAUUCAUGGAGACGAACAGCAUGCCGAGGUCUAACUUCUUCGCGCAGCUCCAUUCUGACCCCAACAUCCCCUGCACGGUUCCGAUCGGAGCCGGCCCGGAGGAGGAUUACACCCGCAACAGCAGCGCCUCGACGGCGAGCCAAGGGUGCUACUCCGAGCGGAGUACCAUGAGCGGCGAAGGCUCCCCCUACAACAACACCUCCUGGAACCAGAGCGCACCCUACGUCAGGUCCCCAUGGUCUCGCAGCAAGCCGUCGACCAGCUUCUUUACGGACGAUGGCGCCACCUUCCCACCUGGCACGAGGCUCGUCGGGUCGCUGGUGCGGGAGGAAGGCCACAUCUACUCGCUGGCUUCCUCCGCCGACCUGCUGUACACGGGAUCCGAUAGCAAGAACAUCAGAGUCUGGAAGAACCAGGAAGAGUUCUCUGGGUUCAAGUCCAACAGCGGGCUCGUCAAGGCCAUCGUCAUUGCCGGCGAGCGCAUAUUCACGGGCCACCAGGACGGGAAGAUCCGGGUGUGGCGGGUGUCGAGGAGGGACCCCACCGUGCACAAGCGCGCCGGCACGCUACCCACCUUCAAGGACCUGCUGAAGAGCUCCGUCAGGCCCAGCAACUACGUGGAGGUGCGCCGCCACCGCAACUCCCUCUGGAUCAGGCACAGCGACGCCGUCUCGUGCUUGAGCCUCAGCGAGGACCGGAACAUUCUCUACUCGGGCUCCUGGGACAGGACCUUCAAAGUCUGGCGCGUCGCCGAUUCCAGGUGCCUCGAGUCGGUCCGAGCCCACGACGAUGCAGUCAACGCUAUCCUGACGGGGUUCGACGGGCUCGUCUUCACCGGUUCCGCCGACGGCACGGUGAAGGUGUGGCGGAGGGAGCCGCUGGGGAAGGGCACCAAGCACUCCCCCUCUCAAACUCUGCUGAAGCAGGAGUCCGCCGUGACGGCGCUAGCUCUGAACUCGACGGCGGCCGUCGUGUACUCCGGGUCGUCCGACGGGCUGAUCAACUUCUGGGAGCGAAAGAAGCACCUCUCUCACGGCGGCGUGCUGCGGGGCCACAAGCAGGCGGUGCUGUGCAUGGCCUCGGCCGGCAGCCUCGUGAUGAGCGGCUCCGCCGACAGGACCAUCUGCAUUUGGCGGUGGGAGGACGAGGUGCACACCUGCCUCUCCGUGCUAAAUGGCCACACCGGGCCCGUCAAGUGCCUGACCGUGGAGCGCGACAGCGACUCUCACCCCGCCGACCCCCGCUGGAUCGUGUACAGCGGCAGCCUGGACAAGUCCGUCAAGGUGUGGAAGGUCUCCGAGCUGCCCACCGGCGAUCACCUCUCCCGCCGGCAACUGGAGGAGCCCUCCCUGGCCGGGAAGCAUGCCCUCGGCGGCGCCGCCGGCAACGGUGUCGGCGGAGAGGGAGCAUCUCAGUGCUUCGCCUCCCCUCUCGAGAAAUGAUCUUCUGUGGGUACCAGUUGGUAUCUCCCAUCAUCAUCUGCAGAAAGAAGGGCGAUGAUCGCCCUCUCAUCUGCAAUGAAAAGUUGCUAUUUUUACACACAGACGAAUUUAAAUUCAUAUAAAUUGAAUUGAGCAAAGUCUUAUCUUAUAAGAUAAGAUCUUCAUGAAGUGGGGCAGAGCCCCCUCGGACGUCCGACGACCUCCACCGGGAAUCGUGGAUUCAUCGAACCCGGGGAAUCCGAUUCCGCCCUAGGACGUCCGACGACCUCCACUGGACCUUGUUCCUCGUGUGGGUCGGAGCAGGCCCAGUGGGUCCGCCGGCCCACAUUCCAGGAGCCUACAGAGCUGUCCCAUUAAGACCAUUCAGGGUUGUUUUUUCUAACGGCCCGACACCUUUAUUUUUGGCCGAGACAAAUGUCGGCACCGUUGAUGUCGUGGAUUUGGGCCGUUCGAUUCAUCCGUCCGAUCGGAUCUUGACCGGGUCACAUGGACCGUUUGAUGGGAUCCGAGGUCCAGCAGUAGGCAAAACAAGCGGUCUUCUGGAUCCACCCCCGUAAAGCAAAACAGUAGACAAUCCACCGAAAGGAGAAAAACAACGGGACUCUCUCUCUCUCUCUAUCUCUCUCUCGCUCUCUCUCAUCGAGUAUGAUGGCGCCUUUAAAUGAAGCUCCCCAUCUCGCACUUCCACGUAUCAAUCUCUCUGCUGCUGUCGCCGGUUGGUAUCCUGCUGGUGCUCAUUUGAUAGAAAACUCUGAGUUUUGCGCGAGAGGCAGAGAGACAGAGUGGAGAUGGAGAUCCCGAUACCGAAGAGGGAGGGCUCCUCUUUCCCCGAGGCUCACCAGGAGGGUAACCGAGUUGAGAAGUCGGGCAACAGUCCUGUGACGAGCUGCCUCUAUCUGAGAGCCUCCCAUGGGGGGAACGAGGACGACCAGCGCCGGAAGAGGCUGGAUAAGAACCUCGUCCUCCGCCGCAUCCGCGACCACCGGCGAGCCAACGAAAACCAGGACCCCGUCCAGAAGGCCUCACUCCGGGUGGCCGGCGGGGAGAGAUGCUUCCGCCGGUGGAUGGACGAGGACGCCUUCUCAUCGCCCUGACCCGCACGAGGACGCCACCGGGACGGCGCCGGCCGGCUCCGCCGAUCGCCGCGGUUUCCUGACUCGUUCCUGCGACUGAUUAAACCGAUCAAAGAACGAUCGGAAACGCAGGAAGACAAAAGGUGAGGCCUUCGUGAACUACCACAGGUCAUAGGUUGUAAGCAAAAUUAUGGAUGAAGACAAGGGAUGAUUCCUACCGCUGUUCACAAGGUGUUCUUGGUUUGCUUUCAAGACUUGCCUGGGAGCAGGCGAAUCAUCAUCACCAAAGAUUCCGGAUAUGUUUGCGUCUGUUCCAUGCUCGUUGUCCUCAAGAUCAGACCUGCUGGUUCGGCAGGGGUUUGAGAGAGAGAGAGAGAGAGAGAUAAAUAUUCGCACAGAACCUGAUCCGUUAGUACAAAUAGAACUCAUUACUAGGACAUGAUCUCCCUGACGGAGGAGGAAGACGAACCAUACCCGCAUUAAGUGGACGAUCUCGUUCGUGACUAAGACUUAGCCUGGGAGACGCUGCCGUCGGAAUGGGUUUCAGAUCCUCAGACAAUUUUCGUCGCCGAGUCUUUUGCCGAAAUAUUGGAAAAGAGAGUUAGAUUAGAUCUGAGCACUCCGACGGAUUCCGAAUGUUUUUCAUGUAUCAUAUUGUGCAGGAAGCGUUAUCUGCUUUGAUGGGCAGCAUGCAGAGCGAAUGGGCCGCCCAAAGGAUGGAAGAAUGCGACGCUAUCCCCAUCGACGAUGGACCGAUAGACAGAUAAGCAGACAGACGGAGAGAGAGAGAGAGAGAGAGAGAGAGAGGAAUAUAGACGAGAUAGGAGAUGCCCCAACUUGACGCCCAUUGGAUGGGCGAGAGGGAGAAAACACAGAUUACACAACUGAAUCCUCAACUUGGUGCCCAUUGACAAAGGCAAAGGGAGAGAGAGAGAGAGAGAGAGAGAGAGAGAGAGAGAGAGAGCUGAGACAACUGAUGCCCUUGGUAGAACACGCGGCCAGUUUCUAGCUAUCAGGAACUUCCCCAAAAGCGAUACAACGGGUUCUCAGUAUAUUACUGUGGUCCGAAUAAGAUAUGAAACUCUGAAGCAACAGCAGAAUCCGCCGUCGACGCCACUGGAGGUAGCAAACAAGGAACCGAACAAUCUCUAAGAUUCUUUAAUGGGGGAUAAGAUACGAUACCAGCAAACUAGUGACAAUUCCAGACUUUCCAGACCAUUCCACGGAUAAUUAACCAGUUUUUGUAGACGAGUGUCGGAAUGGGGGGGGGAAGGGUGAGGGAGAUAAGGUCGGCUUGCCGGCCUGACCCCAUGCUCAGGAGGUGGAAUCCAGCAUCUGGUCUCCCAUCUUGGACAUAGUCUAGUGCCGUUCACUCUCUUGGAGAGUGGGAGGUUUGUGGCUAUGUCCCACCUCGUGGGGAAGGUAGGAGCUCUGUGGCCCACUCGCCGGUCCGGUGCAAGUCGCCAUCGGCGGAGAGGUGGGAUCUCAGUUGAAGUCGCCAUCGCACGAGAGAAGGGAUCUCCCAUUCCGCGAUCUGGUGCAGCUCACGGUCCCCAGAGAGAUGGGAUCUCGGCGACCCCCUCGCCGUCGCCGGAGAGAUGGGAUUUAGUCACCCAUGUUCCUCGGGUAAGGGUUACGCAAGUUGGCGACUUGUAUGAUGACGACACAGAGAAUGGGCCUCAAAGUGGUCAGUCCAUUGUUCAGUCGGAAAGGCCCAGAUUGAAUUGCUCACCUUCAUGCUGUCUUCCUCCCCAAGUUGGCUUCUCCACUGUCUGCCAAGAACCGCAGAGCAGCGGCAGCGGCCAUGGAGUUCGCUCUCGUAGACGGCAAGAACUUCCAUCCGGAUUGUUCUACACUCGUCCUGGUACGAACCACCCAUCCCCCCCUUUCCCCCCAUGCCACCCCCAAACUCCCGCGAGCAGAGUCUGCAAUUUCUAGGGUAUUAACGCUCGGUACCGACGGACUAUCCCUCUCAUUCACGUUGGGUGUUGCCUUUUGCAGCCGGCACUGUCGAUUGGUAACGUUGGCCAACUGUCGGUGGAUCUCCUGGUGUCCUCCACUGCUGCCGAGCGCGUAGCCUAUCUGGACGAGCCUUCUGUUCUCCCUUGCGUUGGCAACAACGCCUACAGGCUGGUGCCCGAGGGUGACCUCGCCCUUCCCCUUGAAGGUGCGUCUCUGCCCUUCCUCUCCGACGCGCCAUUCAAAAGAUGUCGUUCGACUAUUUCUGUACAUUUUUUUCUGCCCUGUUUUCCUGACGGAUUGCUCUCAUCUCUGAAUGGUGCAGAGAGCAACUGUAACUAGAAGCUUUUUAUGCUUCGUGGGACUGAAAUUAACAUCACACAACCUGGAUUUUCUGCUGAAAUUGAAAUAGGAACUGAUUUCUUGUAAACUAGGCUACUUUUGAUAUUUCCCAUUCUUCCUCGAUCAUGAUAUCUUAUAAUUACUGAAAGCAUAAAAAGCGCGGUAAAAAGUCUAUCUAUUAUAUUUUUUUAUCAGCUCGUCAAUAUGGUCAUUGUGAUCUUCGUUAAUAUCUGGAUCAUCCUGUAUGAUGUCUACCAAAUAUUUGGCGCCAUCUUCGUCUUCACCGUGUGGAACAUUAUAUUUUCUUUCUCAAUGAGCAUCUAGGAACAUUGCCAUAUGCUGUUGACUCCCUCUUAACUCUCAUUUCCUCUAGCUACCUAUCAUCAUCUUCCAGAAUUGGAUAUUCCAUUUUGAACGAUCGAAUUCAGUAAUGCUUGUGAUAUGUAUGCUCUGGUAUUUGUAUGUAGUUUCAUAUAGCUAGAUUUCUAUUUACAUAGUGCUUUUGCAUAUAUGGUAAGAAAUAAUUGUUUCACAUAGAAGUUCAUUCUUUACUCGGUUUGGCACAUUGCAGCAUAUGACUCUCCUUCCAAUGGACUAACUUUUAUCCAGCAAAGAUCUCCAGUUGUCAAGGUAAUUUUAAUGAAUCUUUUCAGCAAAUUUUAGUCUUGGAUCCUGCACUACAUUUCACCCCUUGUGAUACUAGGGGAUUACUCAACAUGUGACGGAGCUCAAUGAAACCUGUCUAGAGAGAGAGAGAGAGAGAGAGAGAGAGAGAGAGAGAGAGAGAGAGAGAGAGGGAGAGAGGUUAA